CCCGGGAAGUGGAGGGCCGAUCUGUAAUUUUGUAGAGUUUCGGGGAGGAUGCCGAUAGAGAUGCCGCCGGGGCUCCCCUUCGCCGUCGACACGUGGGGCCCCUCCUCCCGCCGCCGGCGCCACCGCUUCCUCACACACGCGCACCGGGACCACCUCGUCGGCGCUGGGACCGACCCCGGCGGCGGCGGCGGCACCGUCUACUCUACCCGCCUCACCAUGUCCCUCGCCCUCCGCCACUUUCCCCGGCUGGAACAGGGGGAGUUUGUGGAGAUAGAGGUGGGGAAGACGUUGCUGGUGGAUGAUCCAGCCGGCGCAUUCUCCGUCACCGCGUACGAUGCCAAUCACUGCCCAGGGGCGGUUAUGUUUUUGUUUGAGGGUGAAUUCGGUAGCAUACUGCACACGGGGGACUGCCGGCUUACACCAGAUUGCGUACAGAAUUUGCCACACAAGUACAUAGCGAAGAAGGGGAGAGAAAACAUUUGCCGUUUAGACUUUGUGUUCCUUGACUGCACAUUUUCCAAAUGCUUCCUCAAGCUACCGAGCAAGGAGUCGGCAAUUCAGCAGGUUAUAGCUUGCAUAUGGAAACAUCCACAUGCACCUUUUGUGUAUCUUGCGUGUGAUCUUCUUGGUCACGAAGCGAUCCUAGUUGAGGUGUCGAGGACAUUUGGAUCGAAGAUUUAUGUUGACAUAAGAUGGAACUCGGACUGUCUUAAAGCUCUUUCACUCACAGCCCUGGAGAUCAUUACUGAUGAUCCAUCUUGUCGCUUCCAGAUAGUUGGAUUCCAUCAAUUAUAUGAUAGUGCAAGUAAGAAGCUUGAAGGGGCAAGGGCUAAUCUUCAGCCAGAACCUUUAUUUAUCCGCCCCUCAACACAGUGGUAUGCCUGUGCUCGAAAUCAGAAACCCAGCUUAACAGAAGCUGAGCAAGAUGAUUUUGGGAUCUGGCAUAUUUGUUUCUCCAUUCACUCGUCCCGUGAUGAAUUAGAGCAGGCCCUGCAACUUCUCCAGCCUCAAUGGGCCAUCUCAACAACUCCCCCUUGCUUUGCGAUGGAGCUGAGCUAUGUAAAGAAACGCUGUUUCAAGACCCGCUUGACAGCUGAUGAUCCAUUAUGGAAGAUAUUCAGAGAUCCUCUUCAAAAGUCAGUAUCCUCCCCCUCAUCGGUGCUUGCUUCUGGUAUGCAGACAGAUGAAGAUCCCUCAACUUUUGUUGAUGAUGAUCAUCCAACCUCUGACAUUGAAGAACUCUCAGAUUUAGAUGUCUGCACACUUGAACUGAAAUUUGUGCCAUCCCCUCCGGUUCAAGAACCAGAAAUUACAUUGUUUGGACGAGCAAGGUUUGGUUCUCAAGCAAUUGACAUAAUGGAAGAGGAACUGCGCCACCAGUACAUUUCUGAUGAAGAAACUAGAUUAUGUGCACCGACAGAUUUGGUUCAUGUUCAUAUCGAAGGUGUAGCUACAUAUUCUGGGGUCAAUUUGAUCACGGAGCAACCACCAGCCUCCCAAGAGGAUCCCACGGAAGCUGGAGAUGAGGUCCCCUCCAGUCAGUGUAAUGCGGCACCAAUCGUGCCAGAAGCAUUCGAAGUUCAACCCUUGCCUACUAUUCAAUUGAAUGUAUCAGUGCCUGAUCAACCCGAGAAGUCUGAAACAAUAAUAGAGCCAAAAUCUAUAAGUGACACUGAAAGUUCAAGCCUUCGCGUGGUCAGUAGUGCAGAAAAAACAAAUUGUCAAAUGGACCUCCCGUGUGUCAUUGGAUCAUCAAAAUCAUUUAAUCCAAGUUUGAAGAGACUGUACAGAUCAAGGAACAUUCCCGUCCCACGUCCUCUUCCGUCCCUUGUUGGACUUUUGGAAUCCUCUAAAAGGGUCAAACUGCGACUUGGCUCUGAUAAUAGUUUGUUGAAUUCACGGCACAGCUUACCUUGAAGAUAAGAUUGAGCCUAUACCUUAUAGCACAUACGGAAAAUUGUGAUUGCGAAGUAUUUAGAUUAUUAAAAUUAUAGGAGUGUAACAAGUGUUGUCAGAUAAAUUAUUUUGUUGUAAGAUUAAUAGAGUGUAUUUGUAUUUGAUGUAUGAUUUUCAAAAUGUUGUACAGGAAAAUUGAUGAUACUUCAGAACAUACUCUGUCAGAUAAAUGGAAAUGAUCUGUUCUACCAAAA